UCUCCCAGUCAACGUGGCUCACGCUGCACUACCUUUAUCAAAGCUACGGGUCAAUACAUUUGUGUUCUGGCUCGCCUGCUGUUUGGAUUGCCAGCAGCUUGCUGCUUGUCCCGGUAUUGUCCGCUCAGUGUUUUACGAGGUCUUACCUGGUUGAAGUGAACAGAUUCACCAACAAUCACAUGCUGAUGAUGUGCUGACGGAAAGAUUAACAACCAGGCUUUAUUCAAGUGGAUCAGUAACAGGGAAAUAGUCUGGAACUGUGCUUGUCCCUUCUUGUGAUCCGAUGUAUUGAAUGUGUUAUGACCGGCACACCUGUGCCCAUUGUGAAGGAUUUAUUUGCUGGAUUGAAUUAAUGGAUUUCAGAUCUUGUUCAUCAUUGUGUCAAAGUUUGUUUCUCUGUUCAGAGUCAACUUCCCAGGAAAUGAUUGAUUAAUAGUGUCAAUAUUAUUGAUCAUUACAAUUCAUCUGACACACUGGCAUAUGUGAACACCAUCUCAUCUCCAAAUUAUGUGUCUACUGAUGAUGUUUCCAUCUUGCUGCUGAAGACUAUACAGAGUCAUUUCUCAACUAUUGUCAAACCAUGGUGUCGUGAACGUUGUAUCAUUUGACCCUGCCCUAUAUGUUAUUUAUGUACAGAAAUCCAAAGUUAAUCAGCUCUAUUAACACAGUCUGAUCAUGUAUUCAUAGCAUUGGUUAUCCCUGCAAGAAAGUGUACAUACAUAUAUAUCUGAGUAGUGCUUUCUACAACUGUAUUACAGAAACUGUUAUUGGGUACAGCAAUCUGUAUAUACAGACUGACUGAAGACAGUAAGUUAGUAUUAUCCUGCCAAUGGGGGACUCUGCCCUGAAUGAGGCUGAUGUUGAGAGUAGUGGGGAUGGGGAGGAGGACUAUCGACCAGUGAUCAGCUCUGACACUAACUACCACAAAUUCCUGCAGCUUUUCCACUCAGACUCGAUCUAUGAGGAGGACUUUGAUGCAGAGCUACGUUCUAAUGGUAGAGAUGAUGAUAGUCUGUCCUCACCCACUUAUGAGGCUGCUGCCCAGUCUGAUGCCACCACGCCUGUGUACCAGGACCCUCUGGAGAGGGAGAGGCAGAUGCUCGAAUGGAGGGAGGAGUUGCUCAAGGUUGAGGGUGAGAUCGCCACACUGAAGCAGGUGCUAGGAACCAAGGUCCGUCAUGCCUCAGAACUGAAGAGGAAGAUGGGCAUCACACCUUUCCAGGAAUUCAAGACAGAUGUGAGCUCUGGCAUUCAGCAGAUAAGAUCUUCAGAUUCGUAUCAGAAAACAAAUGAAAAGCUUCAUCAAAUAAAUGACAAGAUAGUACAGUCUUCAGCCUAUCAGAAGACUGCAGCUGUAACCAAGACAGUUGGAGAGAAGACAUCAGCUGCUUUCUCAAACAUUGGCUCAUCAAUGUCAAGGAAAAUUGGGGAUCUCAGGAAUUCUUCAACAUUCAAGUCCCUGGAAGAGAGUGUUGGAAGUACCUACGCCAGUGUCAGGACAUCCCGCUCAAUAGAAAAUUUAAAGGAUCGCUUGGCCCGUGUAUCUGGCAGUCGCUCCAGCACCAGCAUUGAUGAGCAGCUGAGUGAGUCAGCUGGGGAUGAUGAUCCAGUCCAGUCCCCCACCACUCCUGGGAGCCUCCCUGAGGAGAAGGUGCCCCUCUGAGCUAUGCUGUGCCAUACAUCCUCUACACUUGGCAUCUUCCAGAUUCUCGCUAGAAUAACCCACUUUACAAAGCAAACACAUUAUGUGUAUGAUUGAUUUACUAUGAGACAAUAUAUAGCUCAAUUAUUUCAAACUGAGGAGAAGUCGUAAUUAGGCCAUUUUCUUUUGCUGAAAGUACAUUCAUUUUCCCUAACUAAAGAUUUUUUGUUUGUUUUAAUGCUGUUAAAUUAAAUGUGUGCCUCUUUAAAAUCUUGCUUGUUAGUAGGUUUGUUUUAAUGUACUAGAACCUAAUUCAAGACCUUUGGGAAGAAUGUGAAACAAGUGCUGAUAAUCAACACAUUUUCAAAAUUACAAACACAAAUACAAUGUAAUCCCCUUUUCCCCCACCCCUCUCCCUCGCCCUCACACCUCGCCCUCACCCCUCGCCAUCCCACCCCCACCCCCUUCUGUUUGCGGCCCAGAAAUCUGUAAAAGAAGAGGCAUAGGCAUUAAACUUAUGAGAUAAUUGUAUAUUUCCACAAGUAUUUUAUGCACUUAUUGCUAUUGAUUUCAUAUAGAAAUGUAGGAUUUGCAAUUAGUAGUAGAUGCUGUCACAUUGUAUGUGUCCAACUGAAAUGUCAGUAUUAAAUGUGUUUCUGCAGGAUUUCCAUUGGUAUGGUAUUCGUGUUGAAGAGGUUCUAAAAGCAAUAUUAUAAACAUAAUGAAAAUACAGUGUACAUACUGUGUUUCAACAUUUGCUUCACAUAUUUAACCCUAAAAAGAAACACUUUUGACUUUGGCUUAUUUCCACACUGAGCUUAUGUGAAAUUUCUUUUCUUACUGUUUCUUCGAAGUUGCUAAUGUCCUUUAAAUUUUCUUAUAUUGUCUGACCUCACUAGGGUCAGGUGCUAGUAUGUAACCAUGGCAAGAUGCUAAAUGUCUCAGUUCAAAGGUUGAUACCACCUCACAGAUUUGCUGAAAACGCAGAUGUGUUGGAAUUGGAGAUGAGAUGUAUGUGGUGGUUCCUGUGCCACACUGAUGACUGGUCCUCUUCUGUAAAUAUGCUUUGAACUGUAUGAAAUUAUACUGCCAGCCAUAACAAGCAUUUUAUCUUUCUCAUUUCUACAUUCAUUGUUGACAAAGCACAGUGCUUCUUGAUGGGCUAAGUGUGUUUAUUGGUGUAGAUGGGCAGAUAUUUCUGAUUCAAGAGUAUGCAUGCAUUACCCAUAAAUUGUAACUCUUGUUCAUGUGAGGUGAACUGCACACGGCCUUGUGUGACAUUGUUAUCAAACCCAUUUCUAUGUGUUUUUGUCACAAGUAUAGUAAAUCAAACAUAUUUAUUUUGAAUUACCAUGAUAAUUUAUGUUAUUUACACUAUUUCCUUUAGAUGAUUCCAUGAUGUUAAUGGAUGUAUGUUAAAUGUCCUCACUGGAUGCAACUGAGAUAUCCUCUGCCACAUGUAUAUGGUGCAAAAUGUAUAUUGGAAUUCUGUCAUGUGAUAUAUAGAUGUUGUAGAUAUGUAACUGGGAAUAUGGUUCAUGUUGCAUGACUUCCAAAUGUCAUUCAUGAUGCUUCACCAAAGUGCGAAAUGUUGCUACUAAUCACUGGAAAGUAUGACAGUGAAAUGCUACAUCUGACUGGGAGAGGGAAGACAGUAAGUACUUGUAUAAUACUACAAAACUGAUGAUAAUAACAGUUCAAGACAGUGUUCUUUGUGCCCUAUAUCUGCAUGAGUGUUAAAGCAUUUGAUAUUACUUUAGUCAUGUUGAGUACCUGUGAACCAAGAGACUGUUUAUACAUACCUAUGAUGUGUCCAAGCUGUUGAUCUCAGCUCCUGUAGCCAUUUAUGAGCUGGCAGCUGAAGCCAUGUCAUCUAGGGAACCAGAAAGACUUGUGUACCCAAAUAACAUAAUGUACGAAUAACAUGGGAAUCAGACUAUGUUGGCAGAAACAGCCUCAUGUGUGGCUUAUUCCCUCAUCACCUGCUUUAGGGGGCCUCAUGGUUCACAGGUACUGCCUCAAGUAAGACAUUCCAGGUGUGAGAACUAAGUCUCACCAAAAGAGGACAACUUUGUCUUGUGGCCUAUGUGGAAUAAAAUGUUGCAAUAUG